AGUUUGCGCUACAGGAUCCACAUUUUUGCUUGAAAAAGCUAGCCUUAGCUUUCUUAACUGCCUGUGUAUAUUGGUUCCUAACUUCCCUGAAAAGUUGCAUAUGACUGGGGCUAUUCGAUGCUAAAGCAGAACGCCACAGGAUGUUAUUGUGCUAGUCAAGGGCAGUCAGGUCUGGAGAGAACCAAGGCCUAUAUCUGUUCCUGGUUCUACAUUUUUUGAAUGGGGCAUGCUUAUUUAAGAUGGUGAGGAAUGCACUUUUAAAGAAUACCCAGGCAUCCUCUACUGACGGGAUGAGGUCAAUAUCCUUCCAGGAUACCGGGCCAGGUCGAUUAGAAUGGCCAGCUUGCUGAAGUGUUUUAGGGAACGUUUGACAGUGAUGAGGGGUAGUCGUUUGACCGCAGACCCAUUACGGAUGCAGGCAAUGAGGCAGUGAUUGCUGAGAUCUUGUUUGAAAACAGCAGAGGUGUAUUUGUAGGGCAAGCUGGUUAGGAUGAUAUCUAUGAGGGUGCCCGUGUAUACGGAUUUGGGGUUGUACCUGGUGGGUUCAUUGAUAAUUUGUGUGAGAUGGAGGGCAUCAAGCUUAGAUUGUAGGAUGGCUGGCGUGUUAAGCUUGUCCCAGUUUAGGUCACCUGGCAGCAUGAGCUCUGAAGAUAGAUGGGGGGCAAUAAAUUCACAUACCGUGUAUGGUGUCCAGGGCACAGCUGGGGGCAGAGGGUGGUCUAUAGCAAGCGGCAACAGUGAGAGACUUGUUUCUGGAAAGGUGGGUUUUUAAAGUAGAAGCUAGUAGAAUGUCAGGUCUAAGGUUGCAAAGGGUCGGAAACUUUCCAGUAAAUUUCCCUAAUUUUCCCGGAUAUUUUCCAUGAGAAGUUAAGUCCGGGAAUUUUGCUUAAAUUCAUCAAAACAAGUUAGCUUAUAACAUUGAACCUUUUUUGUGGGAAACACAUAAGGCAAUUCUAGGUCUUGUGGCAUGUUUUGGUUAAAGUAUCCUCAAUUCAACGGAAUUGUAACCCUUUGCAUGCACAGUGCAUUCUUCCAUCACAUGUGCAGUGCACUCUUCCAUCACAUGUACAGCUGAUUCUCCAGAUCUUGCACACUAAUGAGAUGCUAUUGAGCCCACUCUACUAAACUGUCUGACCCAAGGACUACAUGCUUUCUGGUAAGUUUUGAUUACAACACUGGGUGGUUAAUAUAUUUUAUGACAUACAUUAUUUUUUGUUACCUAGUAAAUAGUAGCCAUCAGCAAAGUGUGUUUAAAUCAUUUUAAACAAUUUCUGCUAGUUAGUUUUUGCUACCAUGUGGGUUUUAGCUUGAUUGAGCCUGCUAACUGAGGAGUGUUAAUUCACAUGUUUCCAUACAUGUUUCAUUAUAAAACAUUUAUCUUACAAAGGAGUUGUUUAACCUAACUGCUAGACUAUUUAUCUGUACAUGGAAUUGUAUUAGGCUUUUUUUAAAUUAUUUUUUUCUAAUCUUUACAGGAAAAUGCCACGGGCACAAUAUGACGUGUGGAGACAAUUCACUGCAGCUAAUGUAGAAGGGAAAAGCGGGGUGUAUUUGCAAAUACUGUGCCAAACCAUAUGUGAAGAAUGCAACAAAGAUGCAGAAUCAUCUGGCCAAGUGCAUGAAGUUCCCUCAGCGCUCACAAGAAGCAACCUCUGACAAAAGUCCUUCUGCUUCUAUUUGAGGCAUGGCAGGCUGGGCUUGGGUGUCUAAAGAGGCUCAGGACCUGAGAGAGAGAGCCGACGGCUGAGGAACUAAGCAUUUCUCCUGGGCAGAAUGAAGAUGCAGGAGGCGAGAUCCCCGAACAACAAGUGAAGAAGAGUGACGAUGGGUGCUAAUGCAUCCAGCUACCCGCACUCAUGUUCCCCUCGUACAGGGGGGAACACACAGACACAACAGACCUUCAUAGGGACGUCGUCAUACUCCCAGCAGGGCUAUGGCUGGGAGUCCAAGCUGUACAGCCUGGAGCAGGGUCACGACAAGCCCCAUGACAGGAAGAAGAAGAGCCUGGGCCUGGCCACCCUCAAGAGGAGGUUCAUCAAGCGCCGUAAGUCGAGCCGCUCUGCCGACCAUGCCCGCUUGAUGCGGGAGCUCCUGUCGGGGUGGGAUGUGCGUGAUGCCAACGCCCUGGUGGAGGAGUACGAGGGCACAUCCUCCCUCAAGGAGCUGAGCUUCCAUGCCAGCCUGGCGCGGGCCGAGGCACCCAGCCUGCAGCGUGACCUGUCUGCCCUCUACCAGCACAAGUACUGCACCGACUUGGACCUCAUCUUCCAAGACACCUGUUUCCCCGCCCACCGCGCUGUGCUGGCUGCCCGCUGUCCCUUCUUCAAGACCCUGCUGUCCUCCUCCCCGGGGUACGGUGCCGAGGUCCUCAUGGACAUAGAGACGGCAGGCAUCGACGUGCCCAUGUUCUCUGCACUGCUGCACUACCUGUACACGGGGGAGUUUGGGGUGGGCGGGGCGGAGGACACCAGGCUGCAGAACGUGGACGUGCUGGUGCAGCUGAGCGAGGAGUUUGGCACGCCCAACUCCUUGGAGGCAGACAUGAGAGGUCUGUUUGACUACAUGUGUUACUAUGAUGCCCUGCUCAGCUUCUCCUCCGACGCGGAGCUGGUGGAGGCUUACAGCAGUGGGGGGGCUGGAGGGGGCGUGGCCACAGGGGGCGGUGGGGGGCUGGGCUUCACAGAUGAGAACCUGAGGGCCCACAAGGCCGUGCUCUCGGCCCGCUCGCCCUUUUUCCGGAACCUUCUGCAGCGGCGCAUCCGCACGGGGGAGGAGAUGACUGAGCGCACACUCCAGACACCCACGCGCAUCGUGCUGGAUGAGUCCAUCAUCCCGCGAAAGUACGUGCGGGUAAUCCUGCACUGCAUGUAUACAGACUUGGUGGAGCUAGGGCUGGUGAUGAGGGGGAGCCCCUCGGCCGGGAGCCUGGGGGAGGUGCAGGUCCUGGUUGCCGGGGGCAGGGGAGGAGCCAGCACCUGCACUGAGGAGGCCAUGGAGCUCUACCACAUCGCCCUCUUCCUUGAGUUCAGCAUGCUGGCACAAGGCUGUGAGGACAUUGUGGUGGAGAGCCUGUCCCUGGACUCUCUGGUCCCCAUCCUGAAGUGGAGCUCUCAGCCUUACGGCUCCAAGUGGGUCUACCGCCAGGCCCUGCACUUCUUGUGUGAGGAGUUCAGCCAGGUUAUGACCUCUGACGUUCUCUACGAGCUUAGCAAGGAGCACCUGCUCACCGCCAUCCAGUCAGACUACCUGCAGGCGAGUGAGCAGGACAUUCUCAAGUACGUUGUUAAGUGGGGCGAGCAGCAGCUUAUUAAGAGGAUGGCAGACAGGGAGCCCAACGUGCUGAGUGGGACGGCCCACAGUGUGAACAAGCGGGGGGUGAAGAGGAGGGACCUGGAUGUGGAAGAACUGAAGGAGAUCCUGUCCCCGCUGCUGCCCUUCAUCCGCACCGAGCACAUCCUCCCUGCCAACAGUGACAUCCUCUCUGACGCGACGAAGAGGGGUCUGAUCAGCACCCCUCCCUCGGACAUGCUGCCCACGACAGAUGGGGGCAAGGCCAAUUCUUGGUUGCGACAGAAGAAUGCUGGCAUCUAUGUGCGGCCCCGCCUCUUCUCUCCCUAUGUAGAGGAAGCCAAGUCUGUGCUGGAUGAGAUGAUGGUGGAACAGACCGAUCUGGUGCGUCUGCGUUUGGUGCGCAUGUCCAACGUGCCUGACACCCUCUACAUGGUCAACAACGCUGUGCCACAGUGCUGUCACAUGAUCAACCAUCAGCAGAUGGCCAACAACCAGUCCAACGUCCCGUCCGUGGUGGCAAAUGAGAUCCCAGUACCCAGACUGGCGGUGGUGAAGGAGAUGAUCCGGAGGCUACAGGAGCUGAGGCACACAGACCAGGUCCAGAGGGCCUACGCCCUCAACUGUGGCGAGGGGGCCACUGUCAGCUAUGAGCUGCAGCUGCGUGUGCUGAGGGAGUUUGGCCUGGCGGACGGGGCUACUGAGCUACUGCAGAACCCCUUCAAGUUCUUCCCAGAGGAGCGUUUUGGAGACGAGAGUCCGGUUCUGGCCCUGCGCCAGGCAGGACGUUGUCGAGUCAACAGCAGCCCAGCGAUGGACAGCAUGUUCUCAGACCUGGAGGGCCUGGCUGGGUUUCACCCCCCGCUGCCUCCCCCUCCACCCCCAUACCACCCCCCUGCCACUCCCAGCCAUGCCCAGCUGAAGGGGGCAUGGAGGCCCCGUGUGCCCGUCCCACCCCCCACCCGCUCCUUCUCCUACCCCUGUAACCGCACCCAGCUCCACGCCUCAGUCAAGCAUGGUAGCCCUGACUACCCCUCUGCCCCCAGGCCUCCACCUCCAGACUGCACCAAUCCCCAGGCCAUGUGUCGAGCCCUGCUCGCAGAACCACAGCUGAGCAUGGAGCCUGUGAUGAGGGAGUUCAUGCCUGACAUCGCUCUGGGUGUCUCUGUCAUGACCCUGAGGGAGCACCGUAUGGGGAACAGGGACGGUCACAACCCUCCCCCUCAUGGCCCCACCCCGACCCCACACCUCCCCCCCGGACCCUGUCCCUCAACUCGUCUCAGCCAUGGCCAUACUCACUCCUGUAAGAGGCACGCUCCAGAGCCAAAGCUGGAGGCCCAGGCAGAGUUCCCUGACCUCUACGACUUCUCCUGCAGACCUACCACCCCGACCUCCAGCCACCCCCUGGCUCCUCCCUUCGCAGGGCCAGACCUCUACAGCCACAGCCCCUCCAGCAGCCUCCCUCCCUCCUAUGUGUCUGACACCCAGGGAUGGACAGCUGAGGCAUGCUCUGACCCCCUGCGCUUGGACGUGCUGGGCCUGCCCCCUCAGCGGCAGAAUGGAGCUCUGGCUAAUCCCUCUGGUUCCCAUGCCAAGUCAGGACAUGUCCCCAGAGGACAAUCAAACAAUGAGACUGACCUCACUCACGGCCUUGGCCACUUGUGGGGCUCCGCUAGUCAAAACCUAGAAGGGUAUGAGGAGAGGCCGUCGGCCCACAGUGAACCCCAGGAGGAGAUGGGGGUUACUGGCGAGUUCACAGGGUCAGGGGCCCAGCAGCCUCAUAGAAAUAGUGUUAGCGAGGAGGCUAACAGAGACCGCAGGUCGCCUAACAAGCCUGACUACCCUUACAAGAAGUCAGCACUUUAACCCCUGGAGAGGAGUGGGGGUUGAGUUGUCUAAAGGGAAAGGUGGGGAAAAUGACCUCCCGUCAUGGACAUCAGAGCACUAAUGAGUGUGUGAAGGGUUGGCUAAUGAUUUCUAUUUAUAGAUUGUGUGUGUAAAUAUCCCACCUCCUCCAGCCCUCCCGUUAUGACAUAGUGCUGUCUUCACCUCACGUCUCCUCUGAUUGUUACAGACUAGCGGCAUCUAGUCUGUAGGUUAGAGAAACAGCAGUGACAGUAGUGUUUCAGUCUGACUGUUGAAUUGAAGCUUGCCGAAGCCAACCUCAGUGCUGCAGUUUUACAAUAUCAUUCCAGCAGUACUGUUUAGGAGGGAUUUUGCCUAUUUUCCUUGAGCCUUGUUGCACACAGAGGUUUGUUGUAACCUCUUAGAUGUGGGAGUCAGGAAUGAAGAUCAUAUCAUUACAACGAUGUGUUAUGAUCAUAACAAUUGUAUAAUAUAGCUGAAAUAUGUGCUGAGGACAUGUAAUAUACAUAAGGACUGUAGUUAUCAGCAUAUACUUUACCUGGGAGAUAUAUACAUAGGAUCUCAGUAUAAACUAGUGAACACCAGCACGUAGCUCCAAACAGCGUUAUCUUCAUGAUAAAGUUAUGUAAAAACAUGUCUGUAUUUUCUUGCUCCUCUCAUUUGUAUUUCCUCUCUCUUCCUGUAGCAUUCCUCCAGUACGUACCUCACCUGAUUAGUUACAUUUGCUUUCCCCUUCCUGGUGAUGAGUACUAGGCUCUGGCUGGUUCGGAUUAGGCAGGAAGUGGAUCAGAUGGGGAGUAGGUCUGUACAGGCUGUCAUUGUUCUCUCUGGAUACCGCGGUCAUCUUCUGGGUUAUUGUUUGUGUCCAGAACUCACCAGUACUGCUUCUGCACAGUCUCUGGCUUUUAUAUUCUCACAAAAGCAUGAGCCUAGGUUUUCAGACUGAGACAGGAGGGUGAGGGCAUAGGUUGAUGACUGUGGUACACUGGGAAAGAUAAGGGUGCCAUGGCAACUGUUGUACAGUGGUGUGUGAUUGAACGCGCUCGUCAGGAGAUGUUUGUAUUCAGCAGAACGUGUGUGUGGUUUCGUACUCCCAGGCAACUGUUUGAACAGUAUCAGUACUGUAGACUCAGUAUCCAUCUUUAAUCAGGUCUGUAUUUACAUAUCAACAUGAGGCUCUGAGAUGAUUAACCAGUGACCGACCAUAGAAGUGUAUGGCCAAUAUGCUUGAAACCAUCUUGCUCUUUCAAUGGAAUUAACAAUUAGAAGCCUUAAUCCACAUUUUGAAGUGACCAAACGGAAUUCAUCACAAGCGUGAUGCCACUACUGGCUCUCCUAGUUGUCAGUGUGACUCUUCUGUACAGCCUCUACACACACACACACUAUUCCAAUGUACUCUGUCUAAUGUUCAUUUUGGUUGUUCUAUGUGACCACCAUCACGCCACCUUUUGGCCAAUCCUGGACCUGCAAAGACCUGCUCUUUCUCUCUCUCUCUGCCAUCAGAGAUUAUGGCAUACUGAAUGAGAGCUAUCGGCCUGUUGCUACAGAAACCAAAGUGCACACAUCAGAGCCUGUAAGAUCACCCACACCUGUCUCUCCUAUGACAAACUAUGAUACAUAAAGAUGCAACAUUGCACUGUAGGAACAAUCCAUUUCACAUGGGGGAAUAUGAACAAAUGAAUUUAGAACAAAAGGGAUCCAGAACACCUAAAUCAUUCUUUAGUAAAUAAAAUUGUAUGGCCUCCAUCACCUGCAUUCUACCAUUCAGAAAUCCUGAGCAUUGCCUGUAAAUAAUAAUUUGUUAUACUGUACAACAGAAAUCCUUGUUAUUACAUCUUAGUGGAUUUAUAUGAAUUAUUCAGCUGUUUUGUAGCUGUGGAGGACUACAGUGUGAAGUUGUUUAGAACCACAUUUCACCUAGAAAGAAUAAUCACUCAGAUUUUUGUUCUUAAAUGUUUUGUUUUAUGGAAAUUGUUUAAUAUUGAUAUUGGUGAGAAUACCACGAUUGUGUAGAUUUUAUACAUUUUAUUUUUUAAAUCUAGCACAGGAUUUUUAAAUUAGCGCAGGAACAUGUAGAUAUUCACUCUGCCAUGUAGUAAUGAAGUUGCAGGGCAGAAACAUGUUUUUGUUCCAUCCAGUUUGUUUUGGGAAAAAAAACAUUCUAAACUUCAGAUUCCUCAUGUUCAUGUUGGUUAGUUGCUUUAUUUUCCAGGACAGUGUUCCCUUUGAAUAAAAAGCCUCCACAUUCUCUUUUUGCUGUCAGUGCCUUCCCCUGCCACAAACUGGGCUUUUGUUGAAGUGACUGAUAUCCUAUGCAAGCCUUUUCUACAAGCUUACCAACCUGCAUCAAAUAGUCCUUUGCAAAACUCAUAUAGCUAAUUAUUUGUUUACAUAGUGGGUUUUUUGGUACCUUUUGAAAUUGAACCCUCUGGAACUGUGAUUGGUUAUUUGUUGAGAAUUUUAUAAUUGAACAGGUACUUUGUACUCGUUUGAUCUAUAUAAAACACUUCUGUAGAUUCCUGUACUAAGUUGUAUUUAGUUUCACUGGUUCUAUUUUUCUACUGUUACCUCAAAAGGUGCAUAACAGUGAUGAACUUGGGCAUCUUUGAAAUAAACUGCUUCAAUAUAAUUCUA